CAACGUUUUGCUAAAUUGUAGGAUUUUUUUUAAGCUUUACGUACUCCUUGUCGACCCAAUGCCCCGUUCAAAGGCCGUGUUCCACAGGAUCCAUCUCGGCUAACCAGCCUAGUGGCUAUGAAGAUCGAGGUUGAUCCUGACUCGAGGGACUUUUGGCGAUGGCGCAAUUGCUGUUAUGUACGGGAUUGGUGAAGAGACUUUUCUGCAACAUAAUUGUGUUUGUUUGCCACGAGAGACCCGGGAACUUCUGCUGCUUACUAUGGCACAAUAUGCGAACAUGCUCUCGUUCGAGUCGCCCCUAUGAGAUGAUUGAACCCAGUCGCAGUAGGAUGGCACUUUUGCCGCCAUACGAUGCAGUGCGCCGGCGAUCCUGCGGGGCAUUUCGAAAAGCCCCGUUGGGUUACAUUCCUAGAACCGAGAGCCACCUUCAGAAGCCGCAUAUCCGCUUAGGCUCGUGCCAUCGCGCGACGCAGGCAAUAUAAAGAUGAAAAACGCCGAUGACACCAUCGCAACGGCUCCGCCAACUAACUGUAACGGUCGACUGACCUCCCACAUUCGGAAGUUGUCUAGAGUCAGCAACGGCGAGUGGGCAAAGCAGUUAAGCCAUGGACGGCUUCUUGAUA